AUGGAGGUGAUAGUGUGGCCAUGCAUCGGGGUAUGCGCUGCUGGAGGCAUCAUUCUUGGAGGGCAAGUGGCGGAAGACUGGGAGAAGUACAACAUCUCGAGGUGGCUCUUUUGGAACCUUAUGAAUCCGCUGUGGUAUGACUCAGAGAAGCUGCGGCGGCCAGUCUUGGGGUUGUACAUCAGCAGCGAGAAGCCCUACGUGGUCGAGGAGAUCAAUGUCCUCAUGGACCACCUGGGGAAGCGAAACACGGAGGAGGGCUAUGCCAACCAGGAGGUGAAGCUGGGCGACAGACUACUGUCCAUCAACCAACUCGACGUUCAGGAUCUACCCAUCCAGCGGGUCAAGAGACUCCUCGCUGGCCAACCCUACACGACUGUGUCGCUCACCUUUCAGCGGGAGGAUCAGACGCCCUUCGAGGUCACACUCCUCCGACAUGUAAGAGAGAUGAAGCCGACUUGGGCAAGUGCCUGA